CUUCUUGAUGACAGAUACAAAUAUGAGUUGUGCCCGUUUCACAAUAUAACCCAGCAUGAGCAGACCUAUCGUUGGAACGCAUACAGUGGUAUUUUAGGGAUAUGGCAAGAAUGGGAAAUUGAGAACAAUACAUUUACUGGCAUGUGGAUGAGGGAAGGGGAUGCUUGUGGAACCAAAAAUCGUCAGACAAAGGUUCUGUUAGUUUGUGGAUCAAGCCAUAAGUUGGCAGCAGUGUCAGAGCCAAGUACCUGUGUCUACUCCAUGACCUUUAAAACUCCUCUAGUUUGUCACCCACAUUCACUAUUAGUGUAUCCGACACUGAAUACAGAGCUGCGCCAGAGGUGGGAUGAAAUCGAGCAGUCUUUAUUUGAUGAGCUGAUCACUGAACAGGGUUACAGGAAACUGCUCCGAGAAAUAUUUCAAGAAGCUAAUUACUUAAAGUCCACAGGACGCAAAAGUGAAGAAAAAGAAAACCAGACAGAGCCUAAGGUGUUUGAGACUCUGGAGCAAUGUAGUGUGGUAUGUCUAGAAUCAGAUCACUAA